CAACCACCUUACCUCCAAAUAAAUGAAGUAUUGACUUAUUCUCCAUUCCAUGCAUCUUCAUUUUUUCUCUCCUAUAUAUCACCCAACUCUCUCCAAUCUUUAAAAGAAAUCACUCUCUCUCUCUCUCUCUCUUAAUCUCUCUACAUAAGCAAAACAGCACUCAAUUUUUUCUUUUUAGGCAAAAAAACACACUCAAUUAAACAGGUUUAAAUAUAAUUGCAAGACCAAAAAUGGGAAACUGCUUGAAGAAUCAAUCAUCAAUCAAAUAUGCGACCGAUGACGAUGAGUGGGAUUUCCAAGCAUCCGAAGGCGAUUACACGUCCAAAAGCAAUGGUGCCGCUGCCAAAACGACAACCGAGGUGAAGAUAAAGAUUACGAAGAAGCAGUUAGAAGAGUUGUUGAGCAAAGUUGACAUAAGGGAGUUGAGAGUGGAGCAAGUUUUAGCCCAAUUGAUGAACCAUAGUAAUGGCUACCAAUCACUUCAAAGAUCUUGGAGACCUGCACUUCAAAGCAUCCCUGAAGUUGAUUGAAGUUGAUGAAGAUUAGUAUUGACCAGUUGGGUCAAUCUUGCUUUUUGCUCUUUGAAAAAAAAAUAUAUUCAUGAUUCAAGAUGGGGUAUUUGAAAAAAAUACUGUCCAUUUGAGGUGGUUUAUGACAUUCGUGACAUUCGGCUUAUUCUAGUACUCAUCAAUAACACGCCUAUGCCAAAUCGAGUGAAAAGGAAAUUGCCAACAUAUCGAUGGUCGUAAACCAGAUAAAGCUAUUGUGGUGGUCAUGGUUUAUUUGUGGAGAAGGAAGAAAUAAGAAUCUCUAUUUUUUCAAAUUGGUGGAUUUGUUGGAAUUUUUGGCAUGGUUGGUGCUUUUAUCUUGUAUCAAAUGGUGUUGAAUUUAAAAGGAGUGUCUUGAACUGCAGUUGCAUCAAGUGUUGCAGGAUUUGAUGAUUUGAUCAUGCUCUAGUUUAUAUCUCUCUUUAGCAACUAUGCAUAUCUUGUGCUAGUGUGCUAUUAAUUUGUAGGACCGUGAGGAUAAUUUUACAUUUGGUUUAUUAGGAAAUUGUUCCUUUUACAAGUGUAUACUCAUACCAAGUCUUUACUAUGAAUGUUUGUAACUUAAGAUGUUGUCUUGUAAGUCUUAUUCAUUAAAAAGGUCCUUGCAAAAUUUUCUAUCUUUUAAUAAAGUCCUUGAAUUUUUGUCGA